GCCUCUGCCUGCCCCGCCCCCGCCCCGCGUUGCAGCAGGAAGCGGAAGAGGCGCCGGAGCGCGUGCGCGGAGCUGCUGCUGGCCUGCAAAGAGCUGCCAUGGCCGAGUUGGGCCGCCCCACUGAGACGGAGUGCGCCUUGCGCCGCUGCCUACCCCGGCGUCUACCCCGGCGCCGCAACGACAUCUACGUCAACAUGAAGACGGACUUCAAGGCCCAGCUGAGCCGCUGCCAGAAGCUGCUGGGCCCCGGCGGGGGCUGCUCCGAGAUCUGCAUCCACGGUCUGGGCCUGGCCAUCAACCGCGCCAUCAACAUCGCCCUGCAGCUGGAGGCCACCGGUGGAGGUUCCCUGUGCUUAGCAGCCAACACCUCCACGGUGGAGCUGGCCGAUAUCGCCGAGCCGGAGGGGGACAGUGACGAGCCCCUGGCCAGGACACGGAACAACUCUGCCAUCCACAUCCGGGUGUGCCGUGUCACCCCAGAGUGACCUCAGUUCCUGCGGGCUCCUGACUCUGCUGUGGGGUGGGAGGAAGGGGGCUCCCUGCCUUCCUAGAAGCACUGCUGGCCGCACACUGGCCAUGGCACACCAGCCCUCUUCCCCCCCGUCUUUGGAGGCUCCAUAUCCAUCAGGAGGGGCAUGUUACGAACCCCCCCACACACACACACUCUGAUCUGAGGAGCCAUUUCCUUACCUGGCUCUGUUGGACAGUUCCCCUCUUCUCUGGUCUGCGUUGGACAUUGUGGUCAGAAGAGCCCUCCCACUCCCCCCAAGGUUUGUCCCUCUUCCGCACCCAGAAGGGAACUGAAACCCAGACGAGGGUUCAACCGCCUCCUGGGGAGGAUCAGGCUGGUUUUCCUGGCAUCAAAGUGGACUUGAGGCUAAAGGGCAGCUGUUUCAUUCGUCUACAGAGAGUUUGUGGGGAGAGAGCGCGCUUUGGGGGCUGGAAUGCGGCCUGUGUGUCUUCGGGUGGGGUGCAUCUUCUCUGGGUGCACAUCCCAGACUGUGUGUGUGUGUCUUUGUAGCAGUUCAGAUUGAGGUUGUGGAUCUUCUGCAGAUCAUGAGAAUAAACAGUUCUCCA